AUGUUCUCCUUCUGGUUGUUGCUGGUCCUCUGCCUGGGCCCGGCGUGGGUCGCGCCGGCCCGGAAGGGCCUGGAGUUCCCGCAGUACGACGGCAAGGACCGCGUGGCGGCCGUCAACGACAAGAACUACAAGAAGGCCUUGAAGCAGUACGACAUGCUGUGCCUGUUCUACCACGGGCCUGUGGAGGACAACAAGGAGCAGCAGAAACGGCAGCAGAUGACCGAGCUGGUGCUGGAGCUGGUGGCUCAGGUCAUGGAGGAGAAAGACAUUGGCUUUGGGACGGUCGACUCGCAAAAGGACGCUAAAGUGGCCAAGAAACUAGGCCUGGAAGAGGAAGGCAGCGUCUACAUCUUUAAGGCCGACCGCGUGGUCGAGUUUGACGGCUGGCUCUCCGCCAACACCCUGGUGGAGUUCCUGCUGGACCUACUGGAGGACCCUGUGGAAGUGAUAGACAACGCUCUGGAGCUGAGGGCCUUCGACAGGAUGGAGGAGGACAUCCGCGUCAUCGGUUACUUCAAGGGCGACGAUUCUGAACACUACGACGCCUUCAAGGAGGCCGCUGAGCAGUUCCAACCUUACGUCAGGUUCUUCGCCACUUUUGAUAAAUCGGUGGCUAAAGAGCUGACCCUGAAGCUGAACGAGGUGGACUUCUACGAGCCCUUCAUGGAGGAGCCCGUCACCAUCCCGGGGAAACCCUACUCCGAGGACGACCUGCUCGACUUCAUCAAUGAGCACAGAAGACCCACUUUGAGAAAACUGCGUGCAGAGGACAUGUUUGAAACCUGGGAGGACGAUAUCGAUGGCGUCCACAUUGUUGCUUUUGCAGAGGAAGAGGACCCGGAUGGUUUUGAGUUCUUGGAAAUCCUGAAGGAGGUGGCUCGAGACAACACGCACCUGCCGGAGCUUAGCAUCGUCUGGAUCGACCCCGACGACUUUCCCCUGUUGAUCCCCUACUGGGAGAAAACCUUCAAGGUGGACCUUUUCAGACCGCAGAUCGGCGUGGUCAACGUUACAGACGCCGACAGCGUGUGGAUGCUGAUCGACGACGAAGAGGAUCUUCCCUCGGCUCAGGAGUUGGAGGACUGGAUCCAAGACGUCCUCUCCGGAAAAAUCAACACCGAAGAUGACGACGACGAUGACGACGACGAUGACGAAGAUGAUGAUGACGACGAUGAUGACGAUGAUGACGAUGAGUAA